UGUGUGUUUCCUCUGCGCGACUUGACUCGGUGUUUAUGAAGUUUAGUGAUUACUUCUGUCCUGUCUAACUUUUAUUUACUGAGGAAUACUCUGGACUGUUCGCAGUUAGCGGUUUAAUAUCAGCCUCCCUCUUCCCGUAGCGUCCCUGUAGCGUGUAGCUAACGUUAGCCUCGGUGUGUGAGAGCCUGACACACCGAGUCACGGAGUUCAACACCGGUAGCCAUAACAAAAAGGAGGCGUGAGUCCGGUCCCGGUGUCGGGACCCGUUAACAGCUGGGAGCGAACACCGUAUCACAGUCCACCGGCUGUUAGUUACUUUACCCGUCAGUCAGAUGGCCCUGCUGCAGUGUUAGCUAGCCUGGCCCGGUCUGUCAGCAUGGGGGACGAUAACGGAGUUAACGGGGACCUGAACGCCAACCUGAGGUGCCAGAGCACCGGCGACCCGCAGCUGGACAAGGCGGUGCACCAGUGGUUAAACUGGGACAAGAACCGAUGGACGCGGGCUCAGGUGGAGUCCCUGGUGGCAGCAGGUCAGUGGGAUGACCUGAGGUCAAGACUCUGCGGCAGGAUGAGCUUCGGCACAGCUGGACUCAGAGCGCCGAUGGGAGCCGGAUUCAGCCGGAUCAAUGACCUCACCGUUAUCCAGUCCACACAGGGUCUGUUCUCCUACCUGUCCAGGUACUUUGCAGACUUCAGCAGUAGAGGAGUGGUUGUUGGUUUUGACACCAGAGGACAGGAGGAGAGCGGCUGCAGCAGUCAGAGGCUGGCGAGGUUGACGGCGGCUGUGAUACUCAGCAGAGACGUUCCCGUUCAUCUCUUCUCCACGUUCGUCCCCACGCCGUACGUGCCGUACGCCGUGAAGAAGCUUGGAGCAGCAGCCGGAGUGAUGAUCACUGCCUCACAUAAUCCUAAAGAAGACAACGGAUACAAGGUGUACUGGUGUAACGGCGCCCAGAUCUCCUCACCUCACGACAAAGAGGUCCUGCAGAGCAUCGAGGAGCAGCUGGAGCCCUGGAGCGCCUCCUGCUGGGAUGAGGAGCUGGUGGAGAGCUGCUCUCUGAGGACCGACCCCCUGACCCAGAUCAACAGCUGCUAUAUGGACGAACUCACCUCCCUCUGCUUCCACAGGGAUCUGAACAGCAGCUGUCCGUUGAAGUUCAUCCACUCGUCCUUCCAUGGCGUUGGACACGUCUUCGUCCAGCAGGCCUUCCAGACCUUUGGCUUUGCUCCACCGAUCCCCGUCCCAGAGCAGAAAGACCCUGACCCCAACUUCUCUUCCGUCCGCUGCCCAAACCCAGAGGAGGGAGAGUCUGUUCUGGAGCUUUCUCUUCUCUUGGCAGAGAGGGAAGAUGCUCGGAUCGUUCUGGCAACGGAUCCUGAUGCCGACCGUUUGGCUGUAGCAGAGAAAUCUGAUGGGUGUGGUUGGAAGGUGUUCACAGGUAAUGAGCUCGCAGCUCUGCUGGGUUGGUGGAUGUUCUUUAACUGGAAGGAGAAUCAUCCAGACCCAGCGGACACUCAGAGGGUUUACAUGUUGGCCACCACGGUGUCCUCCAAAAUCCUGCAGGCCUUCGCUCGGAUCGAGGGGUUCCACUUUGAGGAAACUCUUCCAGGGUUUAAAUGGAUCGGGAACAGGAUGCACGAACUCUCCAAAACAGGAAACACAGUCAUAUUUGCCUUUGAGGAGUCGAUUGGUUUCCUGUGCGGCAGUAUGGUCUCCGAGAAAGAUGGCGUGAGCUCGGCAGCGGUUGUGGCUGAAAUGGCUGCUUACCUCCACAACAAGAACCUGAGUCUGAACCAACAACUCCACAACAUCUACCAGACGUACGGUUACCACGUGUCCAAAACCUCCUACGUCAUCUGUAACGACCCGCCCACCAUCCAGAAGAUCUUUGGUCGGAUCAGAAACUUUGAUGGAGAGGGUUCAUAUCCAAAGACGUGCGGCGGCGUCCGGAUCGUCCACGUCAGAGACGUUACCACGGGCUACGACAGCAGCCAGGCUGACCUCAGAUCUGUUCUUCCAGUGUCGAGGAACAGUCAGAUGAUCACCUUUGCUCUGCAGAACGGGGUUGUGGCCACGCUGAGAACCAGCGGCACCGAACCAAAGAUCAAAUAUUACACCGAGUUCUGCGCCACACCGGGGAAAAGUGAGGUGUCGAGUCUGGAGGAGGAGCUCAGGAAGGUGACGGCUGCUCUGCUCGACGAGUUCCUGGAGCCGGAGAGAAACAACCUGAUUCGUCGCUUCGUCUAACCCCUGCCUCCUUGUACCCGGCCCCUCCCGUGAUGUCACAUCCUGUUGUGCUUGUAGACAAAUCAGAGCAGCAACUGCUUCACUUUGUGGUGUCGAUAAAGUUCCUGUCAGAUGGAAGAACUGGGAGUUUGAUGUUAGAGACUGAAAAUGAACUGAUGCAUUAAAAAUAAUCAAUAUACUGAUCAAUGUUAAGUUGCAGAUUUGAACUGUGUACUUCAUUAAUCAUACAGCAGAGUGCAUGAUGGGUAAACACUGAACUGAAUGAAAAUGAAUUGUAGUUGAACCAAAUAGGAAGCCCUUUUAUAUGGAAGUUCAUUAAUGACAAAAUAACUCAGUGCACAAACCUUACUAAUCCAUAUAAGCGUACUUUAUAUGGCAGCCUGUUGCUGCCAAUAUGAAAAAAAAAAGUUUUUCAUUUCAAAAAGCUUAGUGAAAUUUUUCUUGCUAAGACAACAACCAAACAUUUAUCUUUUAAUAUCAUGAAACAUUUUUACAUUAAACAAACCCAUAAAUAUAUUUAGAAUGUAUAAAAUAAGUUGGUGUGAUAUAAAUAUUUAUGUAUGCUGGUUAAACAUUUAUUUUUUACAAGACAUUUUCCAUUUGUUUGAUAUUUUCUAGUAUAAAAAAUAAGGUGAUGUUAUAAAAACUGAAUCAUUUGGUUUGUUGUUAUGACAGGAAAACUAUAAUUUGACAACAUAAAAAGAUUUUGUGUUAAGAAGAAACUGUGCUAAUAUGUUUUCAAAAUCAAGCUUUUGUUUUGAAAUCUGUUUAAUCUGUUUUCAUCUUUAAGAGACCAAACAAUUAAUUGACAAAUCAAUAAUUAAAACAAUUGUUUUCUGUAGCUUUAAAAUUUAAUUUUCAGUUCUCAGACUUUGAUCAAAACAUUUGUCAUUAAACAACUUCCAUACAUCUUGUGAAAGAAAGCAAACAGAUAUCAGCUCUUUAUCUUUUUUUUGAUGUUUACCUGAAUGUUGAUGUUUCCCUUCACACACUGUGGAUGUGAUUUAUUUUUAUACUUAGAGAGAUAAAGGAUAUUUAUGUUGUACAGAGGACGAGCUGCUGUUCAUGGUGUCACGUCGUUGUGAUGCUGCGCUGCAUUUCAGCUCCAUUAUUUUGUUAAAGAAGCUGAAGCUGACGACUGAACGAUUAAAGCUGCUUUUGUGUUCAGUUUGCUCGACAGAGUGAGAGUGAGACCUCUGUCGAGCUCAGAGAUCAUUUGUGUUGUUACUGUUGCAGCUUCAGUCGAGUUAAAAAUAAAGACUGCUGUUAAUGUGGUUCUCUGAAGAUCAAUGUCUCGCAUUCAUUAAAAUAAGCUAUGACACAGCAA